AUGGACUACGGAGGGUCCUCAUUAGCUCCUCGCGAGCGUUGGCUUAAACUUGACCAGCUGCUCACGUUGCAAGAGCUGGCGCUGACCAAGGUACAGUACGGCAUGCAGUUUUUGGCUGACCGUUGCCAAGAGGAGGGAGAGCCAUUAUCGGAAGAGGCUGAACAGGAGUAUAUGCGUCCGCUGUACAAGAUAUCCGACUCGCGCAAAGACCACGUGCUUAGAGACGAAAUUUUAGGGAGGUGGCUAGUCAACAAGCUCAGUAAAGUCCGGCGUUUUGGCCUGGUUCCUCCCCAGAAACUUACAGAAAUUCUGAAUGGGCCCCAGUUGCCCUUUGAAGAACUUCGAAAGCAGCUCGAAGAUAUCACCUUCGGCCAAACGCAACAGCAAAUUAGUCAGCGAGCCUCGGAGCAAACUGCCUCCGCGGCAGGUAGGCAGGCGGUGGAGGCUUCCCUCUCAACGGAUGUUCGUGCUGGACAAGCGGAUAGGACCUCAAGCUCUCCCAAGGGCUCGAGUUCUCCUGAAGCCUCUGUAGAACAUGGGCAGCCUGCUGGCGUUGAAAGGUCUGCGGCUCUGGCAUCAAGAGACUCCGGCGCCUCCGGAGGGCCUGAACCGUCUGAAAGAUUGGAUUUGGCUGGGAGAGCGGACGCUUUCGCGUUCGCUGGUGCUGGGGGUGCGUCUUGGAGUGUUCCGGCUGCUUCUCACCAGGUCCCUGAAAUCCAUGUUUCCCCGUUGACGUCGGGUUCCUAUGGGGAUUCGGAGACCUUUAGUGCUGCUGAAGCCUCUGCUUCGUUGGGAAUGCUUCCACCACCGGAUUCUGGGGCGGCUCGACCCAUGACCUUUUCAGGACAAUCGGCAAAACCAGAUUCAGCAGAAGUGUCUGCCAGGUUUUGGACGCCCCCAUGA